AUGGGCCACUGCUCUGGCCCAAAGGUCUGGACCACUGCUCUGGGCCUCACCUGUGGGCCUCAGCUCUGGGCCUCAGCUCUGGGCCUCAGCUCUGGGCCUCAACUCUGGGCCUCAGCUCUGGGCCUCAGCUCCGGGCCUCAGCUCUGGGCCUCAGCUCCGGGCCUCAGCUCCGGGCCACAGCUCGGGGCCACAGGUCUGGGCCACAGCUCCGGGCCACAGGUCUGGGCCUCAGCUCUGGGCCUCAGCUCUGGGCCUCACCUGUGGGCCUCAGCUCUGGGCCUCACCUCUGGGCCUCAGCUCCGGGCCACAGCUCCGGGCCACAGCUCCGGGCCACAGCUCCGGGCCACAGGUCUGGGCCUCAGCUCUGGGCCUCAGCUCUGGGCCUCAGCUCUGGGCCUCAGCUCUGGGCCUCAGCUCUGGGCCUCAGCUCUGGGCCACAGCUCUGGGCCACAGGUCUGGACCACAGGUCUGGGCCACAGCUCUGGGCCUCAGGUCCGGGCCACAGGUCCGGGCCACAGGUCCGGACCACAGGUCUGGACCACAAGUCUGGACCACAGGUCUGAACCUUAG